AUGGCGUCACUCCCCAAGAGAAUUAUCAAAGAAACAGAACGUUUAGUUCUCGAUCCUGUUCCUGGCAUAAAUGCUGUACCACAUGAGGAUAACUUGAGAUAUUUUCAAGUAACUAUAGAGGGCCCUCAGCAGUCUCCGUAUGAAGAUGGCGUCUUUGAGCUGGAGCUUUUUUUGCCUGAUGACUAUCCCAUGGAGGCUCCCAAAGUGCGUUUCUUGACCAAAAUUUACCACCCUAAUAUCGAUCGGCUGGGACGAAUCUGUCUGGACGUGCUGAAAGCGAACUGGUCUCCAGCAUUACAGAUAAGAACCGUUCUCUUAUCCGUUCAAGCGCUCCUUGCAAGUCCUAACCCCAAUGACCCAUUGGCUAACGACGUUGCUGAAGAUUGGCUAAAACAUGAGGACGAAGCCAUCGCCAAAGCCCGCGAGUGGACGAAACAAUAUGCAAGCCGAAAAUGA